GCCAGCCGCGCACCAGUGGUGGCAGCAGCAGCAACCACAGCGGAGGCGCAGACAGAGGAGGUACCGGUGCCGGUGGUGGUGAUAGACAACCACUCGGAGGCCAAUGCGACUGUGGUGCAGCUGGAGUUUGGGGACAGGCUGGGGGCUCUCAUGGACACGAUGGCGGCGCUGCGCAGUCUGGGGCUGAACGUGGUGAAGGGACGCGUGACGACAGCAGGCACCGUUGCUCGCAACACGUUCACCAUCACUCAGGAGGGAGGCAAGGUGGAGAGUGCGGAGAUGAUAGAGGCCAUUCGAGGCACCAUCAUCUCUAACCUCCUCAAGUACCACCCUGAGUCAGGCACGCAGCUAGCCAUGGGCCUCACAUGCGACUCGCCCCCUUGCAAUGCGAGCGUGCCAACGCGCAUGGCGCUCACACCCCUCCCGGACAACAGUGGUAGCGAGUUGAGGGUGGAGGCGGCAGACCGGCCGGGACUGCUGAUGGAGAUUGUGGAUGUGCUGACAGGGAUGUCCGUUAGUGUGACAUCAGCAGAGAUCGACACCGAGGGCGUGGUGGCGAAGGAUGUGUUCACGGUGUCGUACCAUGGGGGGCCACUGGAUGAUGAGAUGACCACGCUCACACUCAACGCCCUCAACUACACUCUCUCGCGGCCAGACAUCGAAGCAGAGGAGAGCUAUUAG